CUGCUGUUCCCACCGGUGCCACCCAAGACAUCGGUAGGGCUCUGUCAUGAUUAAACAUAAACAUCUAUUGCCAUCUAUGUCUCCUCUCUAUUCUCUGUCAUGUCUCUACGCAGCCACCCCGCUGUUCCUGACUGUCGGUCUUCCGAGACUCGAACGAUUUCUGUGGCUUCCAUCGCGAGGUUGCUCGGCCACCAUCUCAAACACCAUAUCGGCGUCGGGAUUAUCUGCGCAGUAGCUUAUUUUGAUCCAGGUAACUGGAGCGUCGAUAUGCAAGCAGGAGCAAAUUUUGGAUACCGACCUAUGUUAUUUAUUGUGCUCCUGUCAGGAUGCGGAGCGAUACUUUUACAGACUCUAGCUAUCAGGCUGGGAUGCGUUACUGGCUUGGGUAUUUUGGCUCAUUUUGUCGAUAGAGCCUGCUCUUACUUGCAACUUUAUGGACGGACUAGACCUCGCUUCACACUGUCGGCUCUUGUUUCAUAAUCACCCGACUCAUCCACGCCUCGUGCGGCGUGCUAUACUUUAUCCGCUCUAUGUUUGCGCAGAGAUUGCAAUCAUUUCUACUGAUCUGGCAGAGCUCUUAGGUUCUGCCAUAGGUCUUUGCUUGAUUUUCCCUCGAUUGCCGCUAUACGCAGGUGUCCUCUUGACAGCGACCGAUAUCUUCAUUUUCCUUUUCUUUGCAGACCCUUCCCGUGGCCAUGGUCGCCCUGUUAGAGUUUUCGAGGCAAUCAUAAUUAUCCUGGUGCUCACAGUCCUUUGCUGCUUCAUUGUUCUCUUGGUCAAGGUGAAGGCCCACUGGCCCAGUGUAUUCCUUGGUUAUAUACCUUCGAAAGACCUUUUCCAUUCCAAGCCUAACGCUAUCUAUUCCGCGAUUGGAAUUUUGGGGGCGACCAUCAUGCCUCAUGCAUUAUUCCUCGGCUCGUUCUUGUCGACCCAGGAUCGAGUGUCUCUGAAAACACCGUCCCAGGAACCCCUUCCAACUUGCUCUACUGACCAUCAGACCUUCGGAGACCGACUCAAGCGUAGAUUCAAACAAUUGUUUUCCGUAAGCCGUGCAGAGCGGAUUGCAGCAUCUCGGGCCUAUAGAACAGAGUACGGGGAACGCGAAAACAAUUCAUUAUCAUUCAUUAGGCAACACCUGAAUCAUGCUAUUACUGAUGUGGUCACAAGUCUACUUGGUUUUGCGAUACCGAUUAAUUCUGCCAUUCUCAUUCUAGCUGCAACUGUGUAUCAUAAUCGACAUCCCCUUCAAGAAACUGUUGGGUUAUUCGAUGCACACGAUCUCAUUAAACGCAAUAUAGGAAGCGGUUCCGCCCUUGUAUACGCAUUUGCCUUGGUUUGCACCGGGCAGGCAGCGAGUGUCACGGCCACUCUUGCCGGCCAAGUCGUGUCGGAAGGGUUCCUCGAUUGGAGAAUGUCGCCUUUUUUACGACGUUUAGUUACACGCCUCAUCAGCCUGAUUCCAUCCGUGGCAGUUUCGGUGUCUGUCGGUCGGGAUGGGGUGGAUACCCUACUUGUUAUAUCACAAGUCAUUCUUUCAGUGGCUCUUCCUUUCAUAGCGUUUCCCCUGAUCUACCUCACCUCCUCCGCAAUGGUUAUGCGUGUAGUCGAACUUUCCGACAGACCAUCUACAUUCAGCGAAGCAAACGAAAAACAAGAACUACAUUGUGAACAUCGGUCCCAAAUCACUCCCACGGAUUCUCCAGCCGCGACCCCAAUGCAAGCGACCGGCUCCGAGGGCGUUCAUAUGGAACUACCCCCCAGUGAGCUCCACCCCACGAUGGCCGUUAUUGGAGAUGUUAGAGAAGUCACAGCGCCCUCAUUCCACGAGGGACUCGAAUACGUCGAUUUCAGCAACAGUCGAUGCGUGGCUGGGAUCGCAUACGCUGUGUGGGCGGUUAUUGUGACUGCAAAUUGUUAUGCUUUAAUAAUGUUGUUUAUGGGUCGAGAAUAGAAUCGUACCAGCAGUAUCAGAGCUCAUCACCUGUUCCAUUAUCCUGUCGAUCGAAUGAAAAUUCCCAAC